AUGUCCCAAGCUGAAGAUGGGGAAGUUUCGCCUGGAUCUCCCCAAAGAAACGAAGAUAAUCGCCUGUCUUCAAUGAAAAAGUUCAAAAUUCUGACGCCGAGUUAUACCCGAUCGAAAGCUAGACGAAUGGCGCACUUGCGGAGAGAGAUUCUCCUCCGACAACGAAUUCUCACUUUAAAACGCAGAAAUAAGAGUAUAAAAUUAAAAGCUAAAGCUUGUCGGAGAGAAAAGGAAUUGAAAAUAGAUGCCUCCUCUUUUGUGUCUUCUUUACAUUUAGCCAAUGCAACCGAACGGAGAUUGAAGCACUUGGAAGCUGUGCGUCUCAAGGCACGGUUACUGAGGUUGCAUUUGCAAACAAUUACACCAGAGCAAUGCUGUUCACAUUCAUUCGAAGCUGAAAAGUACCAAGUACCUCUUAAGAAUAUUUCAGAAAAUAAUGCAGACCUUUUUAAUGGCUCUCAAAGGACUCAAAUAAAAGUCAUUCAGAGUGCCAUUCGAACGAAGCUUUUGCGCGAUAGUUUUAACGACGUCAGAGAAUCCAAACUAAUUCCUAAUAUCGUGGAUAGUUAUUAUACUUAUGAGCAGGCUCGGAUGUUAGUAUGUUCCACCAAAGUUGAUCAGCUAUGUCUUUUGUUGGAAAGACUUAAUCUUCCCUAUCCUACAUCAAUGAAACCAUACGCAUGGUUUCUCUUUUCCAUAAUGUUGAUUAGUGACUUCGAAAAAUGCGUUAAAUCAAAUACGUUAUUCAAUGUGGAGCAGAGAGUUUUUGAACACGGGCCCUUCAUAUCUCUGAGCUCUUUUUUGAUCCACCUCCCCAUAAUUUUGCGCCAGGUAUCUCUCAGAAUAUUAGCAAGCCUUAUUAAUCUCUUUGAUCUGCCUUUGAACGUGGUAAUCAAUCCAAUAUCUCCAUUAAGACUUUACCUCGCUCGUGUAUGGCGUACCUACCAUUUUUAUUUCAUUUUCGUUAAGAGGUAUAAACGACUUCAAAUGAAACACACUGCUAACAGAGAAUUUGAUGCUGCGCUCUAUCAGAUUACAACGACUCAAAUGGUCAUGACAAAUAGAGAGCAGCUAGUAUACGACAGAAUAUUGGCUUUGGAAUGGCAUAAAUACAGAAUCCGAUCUUUAUGUGAAACCCAAAAUCUUUCGUGGGCCCAAACCUCAGAAAGCUUGGACGCAUUGUACAGACAAAUUGAGAGGAUUGGAUCUGUAAGGAAAAGAAAGGGACAGCUGCCUGGAUUGUGUUACGAUUUGGAUUAUGAGUCUCGGAUUCUUUCAUCUGAUGACCAUUUCCACAAACUCGUUACCAUUUCUAAAGGUAGAUAUUAUUUUUUCGUGCCCCCAGACGUUAGCAUUUCAAAAUGGAGAACUUUUUGGUUCAACAAAUUAAAAGGAAGAGAAGUUGCGCUGUCAAUAAUUGGAGUACCCAAGAGAAUGAGGUCUGGAAUCAAACAAAGCCUUUUACAUGAAGAUGUUUCUUUUUCGAUAAGUGAUAUUAUGCUUUUAAGAGACUCGCCUAUUGCCCUCCAGAACCCAUUUGAUAUUGAGGCUUGGAAGUCAGAACUAUUUUCUUUGGAUUCUUUAUUGACUUCCAUAUUCUUCAGCUUCUGUGACUAUUGCUUCCAAAUUGGAGAAGAAAUGGAAACAUCGGAAGCAAUCUUUAACCUAAGGCAGUUUCAAUCUGAGUACAUGCUUCAAGAUGAAGGUAUAUUCAAUUCAGUUCUUGCAAUAACCUAUUUCAGAAUAUAUCUAUUAUUGAUAUGUCAGAUUGUUGUAAUUGCAGAUGCAGAUACUACCAAGCUUAAUGAGAUUUUGAGUAAACAAAACAUGGAUUUCAAGGAUCUAUCACUUGCCAUAUACAACAUGUGUCAUGAUUGUGAAGCUCAGUUAUUUGUCAAAUGGUUUUACUAUUGCAAACCAAUAGACUUCCGGAACUUUAUUAUGUCAGAAAAUAUUUACCAGCUAGCAAUCGAGUGUUGCAAUAAAAAAGACUUAGGUGCUCAUAGUCCUCAAUUGAGAUUUCCUGGAUUUUAUUGGUUUGUGCUCUUGAAUCGCCCCGAAGAAUUCAAGCACCCAAUUGAUGCUUUUCUGAUAGUGACUGCAAAUCUGUGGGGCCCAUUAUUUGAUUCAGAGGAGCCUCAAGAGAAAGCAAAGGAAUUUUAUUCGUCUACUAUCGUGACUUUCAUUAUGACGGACUUGUAUUUGACAGUAUCGGAAAAGUGGAAAAGACACAAAAUUGAACUGAUUGGGUUUUUCGAUCAAUUUAAGUCACCAUUAAUGGAUUUAUGCAAAGAUGCUAGAAGCUUAAUGUGGGCAUCGUGUACUUCGCACAUGCUACAGCUUGAGCCACACCAAGCCCAAUUAGUCUAUAACCAUUUUCAAAAGGGCUGGAAUCUUUCACUUCUAGAAUCUCGCAUGCGAUCCGCCGGCGCUUCCCAGUUUCAAAUUCUGUACUUGCUUCAUGCUUUAACUACUAAGAGCGAGCAAGAAGUGAUAAACCUUUUUUCAAGAAAGUUACUUAGCUCCUUUCAAGGAAACUCCUCUGCCGGAAAAGAAAUUCGCAGAAUUUGUCCUUUUUUCACGAAUAAAGCGCUAAUAUUACAGCAGAAUAUUAUGGAAUUUAAUUCAAUCUUCUAUGGAUUGUAUUAUCCGUUGCUUAACUGGAUAUAUGUUGAUUUAGGAAGCCCCCAUCAACUACUAGCAGGGAACGGCUAA